AUGGCACCGAAGGCGGGAGCACGAGUAAUCUACUGGUCCCGAACCGAUCUGCGCUUGCACGACUCGCCAGCACUGAAAGCAGCUCUUGAUCUUAAGCCCUCUGCGCUAUAUCCAAUCUGGUGCUGGGACAGCCAUUAUGUCUACUCCUCCAGAGUCGGCGUCAACAGAUGGCAAUUCUUGAUCGAUUGCAUGAACGAUGUAUCAACCAGCAUCACCAAGAUCAACAAGAAGAGCAAGCUGUUCGUGCUACGAGAACCAGCUGUUACAUUACUUCCGAAAUUGCUCAAAGCAUGGAAGAUAACCCAUCUUGUGUUCGAGAAGGACACAGAUGCGUAUGGUAGGGACAGGGACCAGCAAGUCAUAGUAGCAGCAGAGAAGCUGGGAGUGCAGAUCAUCACUAAGUCAGGACGGACAUUGUGGGAUAGUGAUGAGGUUGUCAAGGCCCAUGGAGGGAAGCCGACAAUGAGUAUAUCUCAGCUACAAGCGGCAGGGGCCAAGGUUGGCCAUAUCGCUCCGCCAAUCGAAGCACCGAAGAGCCUACCAGAUCCUGGUGAUACCGAGCUGGACAUCCAGCAACAGCAGCCAGAGGAAGGACGGGACAUGAACCGGAAUGCUAGGACGGACGAAGAGAAGUCGUACGCAUCUGGUAUAUCAGGACCGAAUGGUGACUUCAGCAUCCCAACGCUCGAGGAGAUGGGGUUGAAGCCUGCCACGUCACCAAUCCGAGGAGGCGAGAGUCUCAUUCUGGAACGACUUGAGAAGAUUCUGGCAGAUGAAGAUUACACCGGCACGUUCGAAAAGCCCAAAACUUCACCAGCACAGUUCGAGCCGCAAUCAACCUUCCUCACAUCGCCGUACCUGCAUUUCGGCGCUCUGAGCUGCCGCUACUUCUAUCACCGCGUCGAAGAGAUCGUAGAAGCACGACGCAAAGCCAAAAAGGCCUUCUCGGAGCCGCCAACGAGCUUGACAGGCCAACUACUGUUUCGAGAUAUGUACUUCGCUGCGCAAGCAGCACUAGGCUGGUCCUUUGGUCAGACGUACAACAACGACCACUGUCGUUUCAUACCUUGGCAUCUACCCAGUAAGGUGGACACGAAGACCGGCCUGAUCACUGGCGAGUACGAAGUCGAUGAUGAGACGAAGGAACAAGAGUUCGUGCGAUGGCGCGAAGGCAGGACAGGCUUUCCUUGGAUAGACGCCAUAAUGCGACAGCUCAAGCACGAAGGUUGGAUUCACCACCUUGCUCGUCAUGCUGUAGCGUGUUUCUUGACACGAGGAGGCUGCUACAUAAGCUGGGAGCGCGGUGCCGAAGUCUUCGAAGAAUGGCUAGUCGAUCACGAAGCAGCAUGCAAUAUUGGAAACUGGCAAUGGCUUUCAUGCACAGCAUUCUACGCACAGUUCUACCGCUGCUACAGUCCUGUUGCGUUUGGCAAGAAGUGGGACGAUAACGGUGAUUAUAUCAGAAAAUAUGUUCCGGAGCUGAAAGACAUGCCGAAGAAGUAUAUAUAUGAGCCGCACAAAGCGCCAAUAGCGGAUCAGCGCAAAGCAGGGGUUGUGAUAAAGGGCGAUGGGUUGGAGGCCGAAAUCGACGGCGUGACCGCUUAUCCUAAACCCAUGUUCGACUUUAACACUCAGCGCGAGGUCUGUCUCCAGGGCAUGAAGCAUGCUUAUCAGCAACGUCUGUACGGUAACAGUCCGAAAGUUCUCGACGGGACUUGGAAGGAACUGUUCGCGGAUGAUGGUGCUGGGCUGACUGAGGGCAAGCAAGGCGGACCUGGCGGCAUGAUUGAUUUUGAAGAUGGUGAUGAUGGUGAGAAGCAUCAUGAAGAGUCUGUGCCGACGAGGCCCAAGAGAGGGAUGGUGAGCAGGAGCGUCAAGAAAGAAGGCUCUGAUGCUCCGAGUCCAGCUGCGAAAGGUCACAAGCGCGAGAGAAGCCAGGCCACACUCGACAAGGCUGUCAAGAAGACUAAAUCGUGA